CCUAAAACACACUGUCAAGAAGUUUCCAUCAAGACGGCCAGGUUACAUUAACACAGUACAAUGUGAACAAGCAUAUGUACUCGUAAUUAGUAAAACAUAUUUUUACAGCACAUGUAUGUGCACACAGCUCAGAACUGGAUUCAGAAUUUUAAAAAUUGUAUACAAUAUGUGGCUGAAGGCUGGUGGGGAGAAGCAACAUAAGACUGGAUAUAUUUUUUCCCACUUUUAACAACUUUAAAUUCUUAUCCUGUGUGUACAUAUGAUUUUAGAGAGGGAAAAACAAGCUUCUGAUUGUCUGGUUAAUUAUUUGUUGGUAUAAAGGGUUUCAUAAAGCCACCAACUUGUUUUUUUUUAGUUGUUUUGACAAUUUGCAUCCUUACGUGUUUUUAGCAUCUUUUUUGUAAAUUAAAAGGAGAAAAUGUUAAAAAAUAAACAAUUGUAGUGUGUUGUCUAGUCCAAAUAACCUGGGUUUGUCCACUGAAAACUUGCACAAAGGCUGUUUGGAGGUGCGUGGGGCUGACCUCCACUCCCCAGCUGAUCAGCAUGAUAAUACGCACAGCCGGGUGUGAGUGGAGCCCGGCGGUGGCGCAGACGGAGCCCUGCGCGCAGAGCCGCCGUGCGGCGAUCGAUUACUACUGCCUGAUCUCUGGGACGCAAAGAUGGAUGCCUGCCGAAAUAGGUUAUAAACGAGGGGAGAACCUCUUCGGCUGCGCGCGACGCGAAGUUGUGAGUCUCCGCAUCGCCAGGCAUCGACUCCACACUGAUUUACAUGCACCGUUCACCGCGGUGCUAACCGUGCGUCCCUCGCGCCGCAGCCCUGUUCCGGCCGACGCUGGCUGCGCUACAGCAUGACCACAGCAGCGUCCGCUCAUCCGGCACUUCUGGCAAAUGAAAAUGGAGGAGGUUUCAAUGUCCAGCCUGGACAACGGCAAGCUGGAGGGCCUGGCUCAGGACAUCCUGUCUGAUCUGGUGGAGGAUGCGUGCCUGGGUCUUUGCUUCGAGGUCCACCGGGCUGUCAAGCAGGGCUACUUCUUUCUGGAUGACACGGACCAAGAAAGCAUGAGGGACUUCGAAAUCGUGGACCAGCCGGGACUGGACGUGUUCGGCCAAGUGUACAACCAGUGGAAGAACAAAGAGUGCGUGUGUCCCAACUGCAGCAGGAGCAUCGCUGCGUCACGUUUCGCCCCACACCUGGAGAAAUGCCUGGGGAUGGGACGCAACAGCAGCCGCAUAGCUAACCGCAGAAUAGUCACUGGUAACAACACCAACAACAAGUCGGAGAGUGACCAAGAGGAUAACGAUGACGUCAAUGAUAAUGAUUGGUCUUAUGGGGCAGAAAAGAAAGCCAAGAAAAGGAAAUCGGAUAAGAAUCCAAAUUCACCCAGAAGAUCCAAAUCGUUCAAGCAUAAGAGCACCUGUUUAUUUCCUUAGGCAUGAUGGGUCCUCGGCGCCGCAUGGACAACCAGGAGAGCCCGCGCAUGCUGAUGAAAGAUGAGGCAUUCCCUCAAUGACACACACUCAACUACAAACCAUCACAUUCACUUACCACCACAUGUUCUUAUACGCACACACACAGGGAGACCAAUAACACUUAACCUUUGGUUCUUUGUAGUAAAAUCAAUGGACAUGGAUAUUAUACGUGUUUGCUGCUCUGCAGAAGCAGCAUAGACCUCCCACUGUAUACUUGACAGUAUUUUUUUCUACUAAAUCAUUGCACCAGACCUUUUUUUGUUGAUUUUGUCUUAGAAAUCUUUGCUGGAGUCCAAAAUAAUGAAUGUCAUCAAUACAAUUUCACUGCACAGAAGUAGUGUUGUAAUUCAUUCAGAGGCUGGGAAAAGGCAGCUGUGUGAAGAGGCACAGGGUGCACAUACAGUACUGUACCGUCGUCUUAAAUACAGAAAUGAAUAUUAGGUAUUAGGCGUGUCGCUUAUGCCUCACUUUUUCAAAUCUCAUUUGAAAAAAAAAAUGUCAAAGACAAUCAUUACUUAUGGUUUGUCUUUUAUUUUCAUAUAUACUCACAGUUGCUCAGUAACAACAGUAUGUGGAGAAACACGGUUUUCAGUUUGUCAUUCACCUGUGGAAACGUCUUGAAAAUGUUCAGUAAAUGAACCAAACUCUACAAGCAGGUAUUUGCUGCAGACGGCAAGUUUCUUUGUUUUCUUUUGGUGGAUAGAUCAGCUAGUUUCCUAGCAAUCAAAUAUGUCUUUGUAUCAUGUGUUUACAUUGUAAAGGGUUACAUAUAUUCUUGGUGUGAUGUGAUAGUGUAAAUAUUCUAAUAGUUGAAUUGCUGCUAUCAUGGCUCAGUUUGUUUCAUCUGUCUAGCAAAAUAAAUGAUUUGUUACCUGUC